ACUUAAGCUUCACUCCUUCAUCUCCCUCCCAAAAUUCUUUCAUUAACAAACGCAUUUCUCUUCCACCAUUUCUCCUAGUUUUUCUCAUUCACAUAAUUUUUUAGUCUCAAAAGACAGAAACAAAAAAUAUAAAAAAAGAGUGAUAUUGCCAUUAAAUGCAAUGGCAAUUGAUUGCAUCACUACUACUACUACUAGUACCAUCACCACUAGAACCAUACCAUCCAUGCCUCAAACCCAAAAAAACCAACACAAACUAGAACAAGUGGAAAACCAAAACUCACUAGUGUUUGAUGCCUCGGUCCUGAGUCACCAAUCAAACAUACCAACACAAUUCAUAUGGCCAGACGGCGAGAAGCCUUGCGAAAAUGCCCCCGAGCUUCCCGUCCCGUUCGUCGACCUAGGCGGUUUCAUCUCCGGGGACCCGGCAGCGGCUGCCGAGGCGUCGAGGCUCGUAGGUGAGGCGUGCCGGAAGCACGGCUUCUUCCUGGUGGUGAACCACGGCGUUGAUCGGCAGCUGAUCGCCGACGCUCACCGAUACAUGGAUGACUUCUUUGAAUUGCCGCUCUCGGAGAAACAGAGAGCUCAGAGGAAAGCAGGGGAACACUGCGGAUACGCCAGUAGCUUCACUGGCAGAUUCUCCUCCAAACUCCCUUGGAAAGAGACGCUUUCUUUUCGCUACAACAACCCUUCUGACGAUAUCGUCUUGGACUAUUUUGGCAACGUAUUGGGUCCUGAUUUUGAACAAUUCGGGAGAGUUUACCAGGAUUACUCGGAGGCAAUGAGCAAGCUGUCAUUAGGAAUCAUGGAGCUACUGGGAAUGAGUCUGGGAGUUGGGAGAGCCCAUUUUAAGGAAUUUUUCCAAGACAACGAUUCCAUAAUGAGGCUCAAUUAUUACCCGCCUUGCCAAAAACCUGAUCUCACAUUAGGCACAGGCCCUCAUUGCGACCCGACUUCUCUGACCAUUCUCCACCAGGACCAAGUCGGCGGUCUCCAAGUCUUCGUCGACGACGAAUGGCGCUCCAUUAGCCCGAAUUUUGACGCCUUUGUCGUCAACAUCGGUGACACCUUCAUGGCUUUGGCGAAUGGAAGGUACAAGAGUUGUUUGCACAGGGCAGUGGUGAACAGUAAAAUGCCAAGAAAAUCUCUGGCGUUCUUUUUGUGUCCCGGGAAGGAGAAAGUGGUGAGUCCACCAAGGGAAUUGGUGGACAGUUUGUGGCCUCGUGUGUACCCGGAUUUCACAUGGCCAAUGCUUCUUGAGUUCACGCAGAAGCAUUACAGGGCUGACAUGAAGACCCUACAAAUCUUCUCCAACUGGCUUCAACAGAAAAAACAGUUAGAAACAACUUCAUAAGAUGAUCGUUACAUAUAAUGGAAUGAAUAUCAAAUGUCUAUGAUCUCUUCCAAAAAAAAAAAAGAUGGGCAUUGCGAAAGAAAGGAGAUUUGGUCUUUUUGGCCAACGCCUAGUGUAUGAAGGCAAGAACUGAGACAAAGGCAAAGUCAGAGGAAAAGCCGAGUUUUUUUUUUUAAUAUAAAGAGAUUAUAUUUAAUGUUUUUAAAGGAGUCAGCAACUGCUAGCUUUAGGGAUGAUGAUGAAACAGAAGGAAAGACAGUGAGGUAUA